AUGAAACGUGUCGAGCUCUUCCACGGGAACCUCGUAUUCGAGUCUCCGGUACCUCAAAGGUUACUAGACAGAUGCAAAUUCCGUACCGAACGCGAAUUCACGCACAUGCGAUACAGUGCUGCGACGUGCGAUCCGAAUGACUUCAUGAAUGAAGGAUUUACGCUUCGACAGGCACUGUAUGAGCCUCCACGACACACAGAGUUAUUCAUUGUUAUAACGAUGUAUAACGAGGACGAUGAAUUAUUCUGUCGUACAAUGCAUGGUGUUAUGGAGAACAUUGCGCACCUAUGCACACGCAAUCGUUCGCGCACCUGGGGUGCGGAAGGAUGGAAGAAGGUCGUGGUGUGCAUCGUAAGCGAUGGGCGUAAAAAGAUUCAUCCACGUACAUUGUCAGCCAUUGCUGCUCUUGGUGCAUACCAGGAUGGUGUUGCGAAGAAUUUGGUGAACAGCAAACCUGUUGUUGCCCACAUAUAUGAAUACACCACGCAAAUUCCAGUAUCUUUGACGCCGAGCAGAAAGAUUGAAGGCCCGGAAAAAGGAAUUGUACCCGUACAAAUUCUGUUUUGUCUGAAGGAAAACAACCAGAAGAAGAUCAACUCCCAUCGCUGGUUCUUCAAUGCUUUCGGGCCUAUCCUUCAGCCCAACGUCUGUGCGCUUCUCGAUGUCGGCACUCAGCCAGGACCAAUAUCGAUCUACCAUCUUUGGAAAGUAUUUAAUAGUAAUUCUAACGUCGGUGGUGCUUGUGGCGAAAUUAUCGCGUUGAAGGGCAAGUGGGGUCUGAACUUGUUCAACCCGCUUGUUGCGGCGCAGAACUUCGAAUACAAGAUGUCGAAUAUCCUGGACAAGCCUUUGGAGUCUAUGUUUGGAUACAUCACUGUACUACCGGGUGCCUUCAGUGCCUACCGAUACAUCGCUCUCCAAAAUGAUGCUCAAGGAGAGGGGCCACUAAAGAAGUACUUCUUAGGAGAGAAGCUGGUUCUCUCCUGGGAGGUCGUCUCAAAGUCCGGCGGGACAUGGAUUCUACACUAUGUCAAGUCAGCGUAUGCCAUUACAGACGUGCCGGACCAAGUUCCGGAACUCAUCUCACAGCGACGGCGUUGGUUGAAUGGCGCAUUUUUCGCCACAAUUCACAGUAUCUUCCACUUCGCGAACAUUUAUCAUUCGAGCCAUUCGCUCGCGCGCAAAUUCUGGAUCCAUGUUGAGCUACUAUACCAGGUGUUCAACCUUAUUUUCUCGUGGUUCGCACUUGGGAAUUAUUAUGUUACAUUCAUGAUUUUAACUGACUUGAUGGAAGACUCCGAGCUCAAAUUCAAGGGUAUCCAUGUCGUUAACACAAUCUUGAACUAUUUCUACCUCGGCUUGCUCGUGAUGUGCUUCAUUCUGGCUCUCGGUAACCGACCACAAGGAUCAAAGCGGGCGUACACAUCAGCUUUCAUCGGGUUUGCGAUAAUCACUAUUUACAUGACUGCUGCUGCAGUCCUUUUGACAUACCUCGGCAUAAGGAACGUCGCAGAUAACAGCGCUAAUGGCAUUAACUUCUCUGACCUGGCGUCGGAUUCGAUCUUCCGGAAUAUCGUUAUUUCCCUACUUGCGACCUUUGAGCCAUGGCAUAUGUUUACGAGCUUUAUUCAGUACUUGUUGUUGGCACCGUCGUACGUCGCUGUUCUGAACGUCUAUGCUUUUGCAAAUGUACACGACGUUACAUGGGGAACAAAAGGCGACAACAGAACCAGCACGGAUCUCGGAGUCGUCAAGACAGAUGAAAAGAACAACGCCGUCGAAGUCGAUACCCCAACAGAUAAAGCAGACGUCGACGCUGCUUAUGAAAAUGCGUUGGCGGUGUUUCGUACAAAGCCGGUAGUGGAGAAGCCAAAACAUGAUCCUGGGCAGGCAAACACGGAUUAUUAUCAGUCGUUCAGGACUAGGGUGCUUCUGUCCUGGACCCUGUCGAAUGGCCUCCUUGCUGCCAUCGUGGGUUCCGCAACGGGUAAUGCAACCUCCGAAGGCGCACAGGAGACCGUCAACGCUUACAUGGCCUUUAUUCUCUUCUCAGUCGCAGGUUUAGCAUUAUUGAAUGUUUCGCUAAUCGCAUUACGUAGUCUUCCGAUUCUGCGGCUCAGUCGUAUACCUCCUCGAUCGCAUGUUUGCAGGAGAGUAAACAGACAGACGCAUGUACAUUCCUGUGUAUACUUUAUCUGUUUUCUUCGCGAUGUUCAAUGUAAAGCGUACGAUAUACACGCUUACCAAGCAAGCCUAGCCGUCGGUGGCCACCAUCACAAAGCACUGUGCAAACAAACAAACGCCACAAUGAGUGAAAGCCCGAUCCACAAUAGUGUCGAAGAAGUAAAACAAGGCAAAACGCCAGGGGAGGACCCGAAUCAAGGUGGAGGAUCGCGAAACGCAUCUGAUUCUCCUGACAUGGAUGCCGCCGAACUAAAAAAGUACGAAGAGUAUGUAAAACGUCAGACAGUGAGAUCUGAGAGUCCAGGACCAGAUGACAAACGCAUUGAAGAAGACAGGAAAAGGAAGUAA